AAAGACCUACAAUACAUAUCAAACCUGAGAUUUGGCAAAUACUGUAGCCUACUGGUAAGAAACUGUGUUCGAAUGAGAAAGAAUUUGAAAACUCGCUCCUGCUGAUAAGAUGAUUGUCGCUCAUUCACAAGGGUAAAGAAGUGUGUGUGUGUGUGUGUUCGGAGGGUUGGGCUCGCAGGACAGUGGGCGUUAACUGACAAGUAGCAAGUGGGUUUCAGCUUUACCUAAAGCUUUGCAUUUUGCUUGUGUUUUGCCAUACCUUUGGCUUCAGCGAGCAGUAAAGCACAGGAACCGAAAUAUUGCGUCUUCGCGUGUGGCAAUUUCAUAUCGACUAGUUUUCAUAGCCUCGUGUAGCCAUGCAACAGCAAUCAGGAUUCCUGUGGUCACACGGUGCAGAUUGAAAACAGAGACAGCAUAUACAGUAGUAGCCUAUCGUUCUUUUGGUCAGAGGCUAUAAAAAUAUCUGCCGUAUACCUUGGCUAUCGUAUUUAAGCAAAGAAUGUCAAAAUGGAUAUGAAAGUCGAAUUGCAAUCCGUCAGUCGGUCAAUGGACAAUGAAGGUGUACAGUGUUUACAUGUCCAGAACUGGCCACUGUCUGAGAACCUGAAAGCGUCUUUCAGUUCUGCAGCAGAAGAAAUUAAUACGAAGGGGGAAAUUUUAUUCCUUCACCUUCAUCCCAAAAACAGAGGGACUCCAAAAGACAAUACACAAGAAGUUGUGUACAACGGCUUGAGAAAUCAAGGAGCGACCUGCUAUUUGAACUCAGCUUUACAGGUCCUCUUUAUGACUAAAGAGUUCCGAGAGGCAGUAGAAAGUUCGCAGAUCCCUCCAAAUGAAAAGGUAUUUUACCAUCUGCAACAGCUAUUUAAAGAUCUAAAAGGUGAUAGCGUGUCUCCUGUCAACAUAACAAGAAGUCUCUCCAUUGAAAACGUUCUUGAACAGCAAGAUGCCGUGGAGUGGUUUGAGAAAAUCUUGGGUGCGGUGUCACAGGAUGUCUCCCAGGUCUAUGAGGGAAGAUUGCAAAAAACUCUGAGGUGCCUGAAGAGAGAUCAUGAGUGUCAUGAAGAUAACAAAUUCUUUUCACUUCCGCUCUCCAUUGAUGCUGGACAUAAUGACAUUUUCAAUGUGGUGGACGGUCUUCAGGCCUUCUUUAAAACCACAAGGUUUGAUGAGGACGACUGGAUGUACUGUGAUGACUGUGAUGAGAAAACAGACACUGAAAUUAGUUUUAAUGUUCAGAAGUAUCCCACAAUACUGAAUCUGCACCUCAAGCGCUUUUACUUUGACUACAUGACAAUGGGAUAUCAGAAGAACUGCUGCCCGGUGGACAUUCCUCCUACUCUGGACUACUUUGAGAGUUGUGCGUAUGACCUGUUUGGCGUCAUCAACCACAGUGGCGUGUAUGGAAGUGGACAUUACUGGGCCAACAUUAAGUGUCCUGAGAAUAAUAACUGGUAUUCCUUUGAUGACUCUCAUGUGGCAAAGAUCACAGGCACAGACUUCUUAAAAAGGUCAAGGACUGCAUAUAUGAUAGUGUACAGGAAAAGAGAACUGUCACCUUCAACUCCUCAGCAAGAAGAAAACAACAUGGAGAGCAGUACUGUGGAAGCCCUCGAGACUACAGCAUCAGAAGAGAUGGGACAAAGUAUGCCCGAGGAAAUUAAGAACAACACAGUGACCGAAAAACGCAUCUACACACCUGACAUUGAUUUAACACAGCAAACUGACCAUUCACCUCAUCUUGGCGUGUCAACAAAGAUGGAGGUAUCUAACCAUACCUCUAUUGGAAAGGCUCCUCAGAAGAGGAGAUCCCAGAGGCCUGGACCGUACCAACAUAAUCUGUUGAAGAGUUGGAUCAGCUGGAUCUUAUGGCUUUUGGUGCUCCUGAUGUUGCAUCUUCUUGCAAUCAACGUUGACUAUUUUGUCCAUGGUUCGAUGAUGAGAGACUCUCUCUAGUUCUCUUUACAUAGCCUACUUCAAAAAGAGACAAGUCACAUGUAUCCAGUGGCUAAGUAGGCCUAGAAAUAGACUGAAAACUCAUCUGUUUUUUCAAAUGAAAAAAAAAAAAAAAACCCGGAAGAUGCUACAGGUCCAUAAGAACUGAAACCAAAAGUUUCAAAAAUAUCUUCUUCCUUUCAGAAAUAACACUACAAAAGUGAUCUGAAGAAUUUAUUUAUGUACUUUUAUAUAUAUUUUUUUAUUUUGUAUUUCUCUCUUCUUGAGCUAAAUCCCUCUGUAACAAAAGACAACAUGGUUGUGUAGCAAUAAAGUAUCCAUUUAUCUAUC